AUGGCCACAUCUAAUUCAUUUCUGAUGGAUUCAUUCAGUGAUUCAUUAUUAGCAGCAGUUGCAGAAACAUCUUUUUAUGGACCAGCUCCUCCAUCAAUUAAAAACCGAGAAAAACCAAUAACUGAACUUAAACUACCGCCAGCAGUGAUUGCUUAUUAUCAACGUUCUGGUAUAUUACAUCUUUUUGCUUGGCAAGCUGAUUGUCUUGAAAAAGCAAAUUCAAGUAUAUCAACAGGCAAAACAAUCGUAUCUGAAUUACUUCUUAUCAAAUCAGUGCUUGAAACAAAACGAAAAGCUUUAUUUAUUGAAUUAUAUGUCAGUAUUAUUAUUGUUGAUGAAUUAUAUUGGAUUGAUGAAUUAAAUCAUGGUUAUUCACUUGAAUUAUUAUUAAGUAAAAUAAUUUACUAUAAUUAUUUAAAAAUAACAACAAAUAAUUCUGUAAAAAUUAUUGAUAUGAGUGCGACAAUACCUAGUUUAAAUCAAUUAGCACAAUGGUUUGACAUUGAACCGGUUGGUCUUGAUUCUGAACUAGCUUGUUUAAUACCAAUGGGUAUUGCUUUUCAUCAUGCUGGUUUGACAAUUGAUAAAAGAGAAUUAAUUGAAAAUGCUUAUCGUGUGAAUGUUAUUUGUGUUAUUGUUUGUACAAAUACAUUAGCUAGUUGA